GACCAAAUAAAAACAAAAUAAAAAAACGGUCAAAAUUCCGGGUAAAAAAACAAAAGCGGUACAAAUAGAAAAAAUACCUCAAAACUACCACAAAUCAGAACAAAUUGCGUAAACUAAAGUCCUUCGUUUUGGAAACCAAAAAAAAUCAGCGCUACACGCGCUUCUUGUCACUCCUUUUUGCCUUGCGCUCUUGUUUUUCUUUUUUUUUUGGUUUCCCUAGAACUUAAGGUUUGCGCGUGGUAAACAACUCUUCUUUUUUUUGCGGUGAAAGUUUUUUAAGUGCAAAAAAGCCAAACAAAAAUAUUGAAAAAAACAGAAACCAAAAAAGCAGCAACAAUAAAUCAACAAAACGGAAUCAAAGUCAAACAAACAUACCGACAGACAGACGCGAAAGAAGCUUCAAAAGAGAGAGGGAUAAAAGGAGGAAAAAGAGGAAGAGGAGGAGAGAAUCAAAGUUCAUCGCAUAAACAACGCCCUUAACUUUAAAUUAAAUGCUGCGCUGAGUCGUCGAGUCGAGGUUUUUGGAUAAAAGGGAACAUACGGCCUGGAAUUUGUGGCAGAAGUGCAGCAAGUGCAGCCGAGCCAAGUUCAAUUAACCGGGAACGGAAAUGUAAACGGACCAUGUGAUCUACAAUAAAUGCAAUUGUAUAAAAACACACUCAUCCGUUGGGACACAAUCGAUCGAAAGAGCCAGUGAUUAAUAUGUCCGGAAAUUAACGAGAGAAAGAGCGAGCGAGUCGUGGGACAGAUCUAGAUCUGGAUUAAGAUAUAUAUAUACAUAUAUAUAUAUAUAUCGCAUGUGCACGGCAACGGAAACGGCAGCGUUAGCGGUAACGGAAACGGAAACAGCAACGGAAUCGGAAGCGGAAACGGAAGUGGCUAAGGUAACGUCCCCAGAGCAAUAAUGACAAAGAAGUACGAGUUCGAUUGGAUCAUCCCGGUUCCGCCGGAAUUGACCACGGGCUGUGUGUUCGAUCGCUGGUUCGAGAACGAGAAGGAAACAAAGGAGAACGACUUCGAGCGCGACGCCCUCUUCAAGGUCGACGAGUAUGGAUUCUUUUUGUACUGGAAGAGUGAGGGCCGGGAUGGCGAUGUCAUUGAGCUGUGUCAAGUGAGCGACAUUCGUGCGGGAGGAACCCCAAGGGAUCCAAAGAUACUCGAUAAGGUGACAAAGAAGAAUGGAACCAAUAUACAGGAACUGGAUAAGCGAUCCCUGACGAUCUGCUCGAAUACGGACUAUAUCAAUAUAACAUAUCACCAUGUUAUUUGUCCAGAUGCGGCAACCGCUAAGAUCUGGCUAGAUGGCAUACGAAAAAUAACCCAUAAUGUCAAAGCGAACAAUAUCUGCCCCAUGAUGUGUCUGCGGAAACAUUGGAUGCGAUUGAGUUACUGCGUGGAGAAAAGCGGAAAAAUUCCGGUGAAAACCUUGGCCAAGACCUUCGCCUCCGGCAAAACAGAGAAACUGGUGUACACGUGCAUCAAGGAUGCCGGAUUACCGGAUGACAAGAACGCCACGAUGACCAAGGAGCAGUUCACCUUCGAUAAGUUCUACGCCUUGUACCACAAGGUCUGUCCCCGCAACGAUAUCGAGGAGCUAUUUACCUCCAUCACCAAAGGCAAACAGGACUUCAUCAGUCUGGAACAGUUUAUUCAGUUCAUGAACGACAAACAGCGUGAUCCUCGAAUGAACGAGAUCCUUUUCCCUCUCUAUGAGGAAAAACGCUGCACGGAGAUCAUCAACGAUUACGAACUAGAGGAGGAGAAAAAGAAGAAUGUUCAACUCUCGCUGGAUGGAUUUAAGCGCUACUUGAUGUCCGACGAGAAUGCUCCAGUGUUUUUGGACCGGCUGGAUUUCUACAUGGAGAUGGAUCAGCCGCUGGCCCAUUACUAUAUAAACAGCUCGCAUAAUACCUACCUAUCGGGUCGUCAAAUCGGCGGAAAGAGUUCCGUGGAGAUGUACCGCCAAACACUUUUGGCAGGAUGUCGAUGUGUGGAGUUGGACUGUUGGAAUGGAAAGGGGGAGGAUGAGGAGCCGAUCGUCACCCACGGUCACGCCUACUGCACGGAAAUCCUGUUCAAGGACUGCAUCCAGGCGAUUGCGGACUGCGCAUUCGUAUCCUCGGAGUACCCGGUUAUCCUGUCCUUCGAGAACCACUGCAAUCGCGCCCAGCAAUACAAGUUGGCCAAAUACUGUGAUGACUUCUUCGGCGAUCUGCUGCUGAAGGAGCCGCUUUCGGAUCACCCGCUGGAUCCGGGACUCCCGCUGCCGCCACCCUGCAAGCUGAAGAAGAAGAUCCUCAUCAAGAACAAGCGAAUGAAGCCCGAAGUGGAGAAGGUCGAGCUGGAGCUGUGGCUCAAGGGCGAGCUGAAGACGGACGACGAUCCGGAGGAGGACGCCAGUGCGGGCAAGCCGCCGGAGGCAGCCGCCGCCCCUGCUCCCGCCCCGGAAGCAGCCGCCGCAGCGGAGGGGGCCGCCGAGGGGGGCGGCGGAGCGGAGGCCGAGGCAGCCGCCGCCAACUACAGUGGCUCCACCACCAACGUGCACCCGUGGCUCUCAUCCAUGGUCAAUUACGCGCAGCCCAUCAAGUUCCAAGGCUUCGACAAGGCAAUCGAGAAGAACAUUGCCCACAACAUGUCCUCGUUCGCGGAAUCCGCGGGCAUGAACUACCUGAAGCAGAGCUCCAUCGACUUUGUCAAUUACAACAAGCGCCAGAUGUCGCGAAUUUAUCCGAAGGGAACGCGGGCGGACUCCUCGAACUAUAUGCCGCAGGUGUUCUGGAACGCCGGCUGUCAGAUGGUCUCCCUGAAUUUCCAGAGCUCCGAUCUGCCCAUGCAACUCAACCAGGGCAAGUUCGAGUACAACGGUGGAUGCGGUUAUCUAUUGAAACCCGAUUUUAUGCGACGAGCAGACAAGGACUUCGAUCCGUUUGCCGAUGCGCCUGUGGACGGUGUGAUUGCGGCCCAGUGUUCCGUCAAGGUGAUAGCCGGCCAGUUCUUGUCCGACAAGAAAGUGGGCACCUACGUGGAGGUGGACAUGUUCGGACUGCCCUCGGAUACGGUGAAAAAGGAGUUUCGCACCCGUUUGGUGGCCAACAACGGUCUGAAUCCGGUUUACAACGAGGAUGCCUUCGUGUUCCGCAAGGUGGUUUUGCCCGACUUGGCUGUGCUGCGUUUUGGCGUUUAUGAGGAGAGCGGAAAGAUCCUGGGACAGCGAAUCCUGCCGCUGGACGGCCUGCAGGCUGGCUAUCGCCAUGUGUCCCUGCGCACGGAGGCCAAUUUCCCCAUGUCGUUGCCCAUGUUGUUUGUGAAUAUCGAGCUAAAGAUCUAUGUACCUGACGGCUUUGAGGACUUCAUGGCCAUGUUGUCGGAUCCGCGAGGAUUCGCGGGAGCGGCCAAGCAGCAAAACGAACAGAUGAAGGCGCUUGGCAUUGAGGAGCAGAGCGGCGGUGCCGCUCGAGAUGCUGGCAAGGCCAAGGAGGAGGAGAAGAAGGAGCCGCCGCUGGUCUUUGAGCCCGUCACCCUGGAAUCGCUGCGGCAGGAGAAGGGCUUCCAAAAGGUGGGCAAGAAGCAGAUCAAGGAACUGGACACGCUGCGCAAGAAGCACGCCAAGGAGCGCACCUCGGUGCAGAAGACCCAGAAUGCGGCCAUCGACAAGCUGAUCAAGGGCAAGAGCAAAGACGACAUUCGCAACGAUGCCAACAUCAAGAACUCGAUCAAUGACCAGACCAAACAGUGGACCGACAUGAUCGCCCGGCAUCGCAAGGAGGAGUGGGACAUGCUGCGCCAGCAUGUCCAGGACUCGCAGGACGCCAUGAAGGCGCUGAUGCUCACCGUUCAGGCGGCGCAGAUCAAGCAGCUGGAGGAUCGCCAUGCCAGGGACAUCAAGGAUCUGAAUGCUAAGCAGGCAAAGAUGUCGGCGGAUACCGCCAAGGAGGUGCAGAACGACAAGACGCUUAAAACCAAGAACGAGAAGGAUCGUCGACUGCGCGAGAAGCGACAGAACAAUGUGAAGCGGUUCAUGGAGGAGAAAAAGCAAAUCGGCGUGAAGCAGGGUCGCGCCAUGGAGAAACUGAAGCUGGCUCACUCCAAGCAGGUCGAGGAAUUCAGUACCGACGUGCAAAAGCUUAUGGACAUGUACAAAAUCGAGGAGGAGGCCUAUAAGACGCAAGGAAAAACGGAGUUUUAUGCCUAAGAUCCCAAGGUCAAAGGUGAAAAAAAGGAGAGCACCGCGAUACCAAAAAGAAACUAAAAAAAAAACUAUAGAAAACCAAAAAUGAAUGCUGAUCAAGAUGAAGAUGCUAACAUAUAUACUUCUUUAUAUACUGUAUUUACACACUCACCCAAAACACACACACACAAUCGCCCACAUCUUGAAAGGAUUACCUUUACUUAAAUAUUUGAAUGUGUGUCUUAUGCAGGAAGCAUAGGCACAUAUGCUUAUUAUCUAGAAUUCAAAACUGGAAAGUCAACACUUUGUGCUUUAUAUUUAUUUAAGAUUCUACAUGAAGAAAAAAAGAUGAGGAUGAGAAAUUAAUGAAGAGGCCACACAUUAACGUGUGUAUUUUACGGGGAGUUCCCCCACUCGAAUCCAUUGUAAUUUAUUUUGAAAAACAAGAAAAAACUUAAGAAAAAAAAAUAAUACCAAAAAUAUUGAAAGGUAUUUUGUGCUAACAACACAGUAACAACGGUACACCGAUAAGUUUAGACCACAUACAGUGCGUUUCAGGGUUAUAAGGAUUACCUUGUGCUUCUUUUAGCGGUGAAACGCACUGUACACAAGCAUAUACACAUAACACCAAACAUACAGCCCUAACCCCAAAAUAAUCGUACGUUUCAAGUGAUCUACUUACAUGAGUUUCCGAUUCUCCACCUAAUAGCUUAGCCAACUAACCUAACCAGUAAGCCGAAAACAUUAACCAGUAAAGCAAUCCAAGGAGCCCACAAUUAACACCCAAAAAUCAGUCAGAUCUAUAUAUUUCAUAAUAUAUAUAGAAGUUGUAGGAAUUUUUUUUCAAAAGCAUUUAUUUUGCAAAUACCUAACGAAAAAUUAACCCUCAACUGCUCGAAAAAAAUAACUAUAAAUAUCCUAAAACAGCAUUCACAGUCAUGAACGAAAAACGAUGCAAAAUAGUUUGUAAAAUAAAUGUUUUAAAACCUAAGUAUUAAAUGUGUAAUUCAAACAAUGAAACACCCCUACCGGCAGUUAUAUAUACAAUACACUCACCACACAUAAAUAUUUUUGGGCUGAGAAUGCCAAAACGAAAAUGGUUUAACUUUACAUGAAAUGUGAAUUUUGAUCCGCUCUGUAUUAGUUUGAUCUAAUUUGUAAUUUUUAACCAAAAACGAGAUAAAGAUUUUGCGAAUUUUACAACCAGAGAAAGUAGCCAAAAAACAUAUACAUAUAUACACACAAAACAAAACAUGUAAACAUGCAUAGACUUAGUGAAUAUUAUACCAAAGUAAGUGAAACAAACAAGAACUUAAGAUAGAUUCUGUUUGAAUUGUCAAGACCGUUUAUGUUGCACUCGAAAUUUGCUGUUUGCAUGUAUUGUAGUUGUUGCAAAAAUACCAAAGAAAACAAAAAGAAUUAAAACAGAAAACCAAAAAUCUAGAAAAUUAUAUGAAAGAAGCAAAAGCAGAGAAAAAUCCAUAUAACAAUUUAAUUUCCCUUAAAUUUAAAUUUUAAAUUGAAUUUAAACUUGAAUAUGUGCCCUAAAGAUCGAAGACGGAGAAGCGUUUACACUGUGCUAUUAACGAAACGAAAACAUUUAGUUAACUCAUACAAGGUAACUGUACUAAAUUAUGUACUAUAUUUAACCUACGCCUACGACUAUGUAUUUAGAGAAUUGAUCAAGUUUUAUGAAUGUGAUAAGCGGUUACAUUUUAUUACACAAAAGCUAAGAAAAGCGAAUCCCAACUAUUUUAAACCCCAAUACUUUCGCCUUACCCAACACUGGUUUUUUUUUCUGAGGGCACGAAGGUUGAAAAUUGAAGGAGAAAAACAAGUGCGAAGCUUUGUAUGAUAUGUAAUAUAAUGUGCCAAGCCCAAUGAUAACCAAAAAAGAAGAAAAAAGUUAAAUUAACUUCGUCUAACUAAAAAUCGCAACUAAUUUAUUUAUUCGCAUGUAUAAUGUAUACAUUAGAUAGAGGCCUAGCCUCUUAGUCGAAAAGCCCUCAAUUCUGGCACCACCAAAAUCCUAAAAACACAUACUGAGUCCAGGCAAUAUUGGCGCGGGUAAAAGCUUUCCCGGGAAAAUGUUCCAAGGACCUGGGAAAUUUUCCGAAUUGAAAGAUAUCUAAAACCAGGUAAAGCAGGAUGUAAAACGAAUUUUUAAUGGAUUUCUAGAAAUUCUUCUAUAUUUUAAGUAAAGAGUGUUAAAUUGUAUACAUUUUCAUGUUAUCCUUUUAACAGUCCUUUAUCGAAUAAUGGUUUUAGUUCUCUACCAACAGAGUCUUAGUGUUAUUUAAAUUUAAAACCUCUAUAACUUUGGCUUAAACUAAACCAUUAAUAUAGGUCAACAGAAAGUAAAGUAAAUCAUUUAAAUAAACAUUUAAAAGUUGUCAUAAGUUUACUAUUUUGCAUAAUAAGUCAUUCUUACCCCGCCAAUUACCUGGAUUUAUCUACACUUAGAAAAAUGUGUCAAUUUUUUUGUAAUUGUUUGUUUGUUUUUUUUUUAAUCUAAAUAAGUUGUAGUCUAUGAAAAAGCGCUAGAGCGAAACGUUUACACGAUAUGUACGAUGAUGUAACCCACACAUACGGGGCCACAUUGAUCUAGUUUGUACUUCUGUGGGAGCAAAAGCCACAGAUUAUGAAUAGCGAUAGCCAGUAGCGAGAUGACUCGAAAAUGUAUCUACUAUCUACGUAUUUAUUGAUUAUGUUUGUGAGCAGAAAAGUUAGCGACAUCUGCAUAAAUAUGAUUACGAGAACAUAAUUGUUAUAUCUAUAGUUUAAAGAGGUCGCGAAAUGAGGUCGAUGACAUUAACUUAUAUUUAAAAUGCUGCGUAUGAACUUAUGAUUAUAUACUAUAAACUAUAUAUUAAACUAUUAUGAUUACCAUUAUUAUCCUUAUUAUGAUUAUGAUAACGAUUGGCGAGCGAGUAACUUCAAUUGCAAUAAAUUCUAUUCCAAAGUGAUUCUAGAGGUUUUCCAUUGAUUUGCUAUUUGUUUUGAUUUAUCCCCACACUUACUAUUAUUUGUAAGCCAGUAUUGCUGGCCAGCACUAAACUCCCUCUAUAAGGGCAAUUAUUUUAUAUAUUAAGUUUUAGCCUCAUAUCACCGCAUCCCCGAAAGAUGUGCUAUAUUUGAAUUUCUGACCCCACGCACGAUGACAAUUCGGCCCCUGUAAAAAUUAGUUUAGUUUGUAAUGGAUCCUACCAAGUGUUAAGAUGAAGCGAACUUUGGCUAGAAUGAUAAUGAGGGAUACGAUACGUGAAGAAAAACAUAAAUGUUAGAAAAGCAUCACACACUACGCAUUAUAUACCCAAUAUAUACAAAUACGGUUAAAUGGAUUUGGACUCUCGAUUGCUAUAAUUUCGGUCUGAAUGCGUUUGUUGACUUUAUGGAACGAGCAGAGAAGCAUAAACAUACUAGCUGAUUAACAUUAAAUACAACUCAACAUCAAAAUUCUUUGGGUUGCGUCUGAAAUUGUAAAAAACAAAAUACAUAAUUAAUAAGAAGUUACUGGGUGUUUUGGUGGUUAUUGGAAAUAAAUCUUCAAAUGAA